CUCAUUUUAUCUGCCGUUGCCAAUCUGUGAUUAUCAUUUAUUUGAUCAAUACCCGUUACUCGGUGUAUAAAAUGGCGUUGUGUUAUAAAAAACAUCCGUUCGAAAUCGAAACGGAGGAUCGUUUGACGACAAUAAAUACGAAAAUAUUUGAAAUCAAAAAGAAGAUACAACUGUCAGACGGUCAAAGAAAGUCUUAUUACGAAGAAUUUGAAGCCGAGAAAAAACGGAACAGCGAAUUGAUUGAAUCCUUAAAGAAAGAAAUAAAAUUACGAUUAAAUGAAUUACGUGAAUCUCAGCAAGUUUUGAGUGGUGAAAACGCAAACGUGAAGAAAUACUUGAACGACGUGUGUCCAAUUGGGAACAAAACUGUUGAUGAGGUCAUCCACAACCUCGAUUUAAAAGUAAUAGAACAGAGAAAAAUCUUGGACCUCCUUAAAUACGAGAUUGGGAGUAAAAAGAAGAAAUUAAAAGAGUCGGAGAAAGAAUACGAGAAGUUGCUGAUUGAAAGCACUAAGAGUGAUUUGGUCAAGUCAAAAAUGACAACGAGGUCUCGUAAGCAUAUCUCCCACUUGGAGAACGAGAUCCACACUGUCUUGAUCCAAUGGACUGAAGCUGAGUUGGUCAAGAAGAAGUAUGCUUCUAUACGACAAGCACUUAUAGAAGACUCGGUGAGGUUUGAAAGCUCUCUCGCCAAAAUCGAAGAACUUCUUGAGAAGCAGAAUGAAGAAAUUACGAAAUUGAAGUUGGUUCGAGAUGAAGCAGCAGCGAUGCGUUUACGUGCAACAGCAGCAACGGCAGCAGAGGCAGCUCGCGCUCAUGACGCAGAGCACGUUCGGGCCGCAGAAAGAGCCUACUACGCACAGCGGUUUGAGGAGAGGAGGCGAGAACUGGAAAAAUUGGAGAAAAGGAUAUUUCCACCAGCUGUACGUCCAGUACGUCAGGAUUCCACUGGGUCUAUGGAAGGCGAACCAGUGGCUGAAGAAACAUCACCCGCCCAACAGAUGGAGGAUAUUUUUCAAAAGUUGAUGAAACUUACUGGUGUCACAGAACCUGAGCAGGUGUUUGACAGGUUCCGUGGGCAACGGGAAACCAGCACCCGCCUUGGUUACCUGCAGCAGACCACGGAGCAGGAAAAGUUGCAGCUGGAGGAAACUCAAACUGCUCUCAUGGCUGAACUAGAAGGAUACAAGUUCGCUUCCGUUAAGGAUAAAGAUGAAGGUCAAGAUGAAAUCCAAAAUCUAAAAGCGGAAAUAAAAGAAGAGGAGGAAGCACACGAUUUAAUUCAGAAGGAGCUGGAAGGGCUGGAAUCAUUUCUUCUUGAAAUGAAGAGGUUGUUGUACGAUCUAUGCAAGAUGCUGGAUGUAGUGGGAGAGCCAGCUAUGCCUGAAUGGACAGCCGAAGCCUGCGAUAUUCAAGAAAUACUUGUUGUCCUAACUACACGGUUUGAGAAAGCCCAAGCUAAAGUGGAAAUGAUCGGCGAUAAACACAAUUCCACUGUUGUCUUUAUACCAUCCAAUACGACAAGCGGUGCGCCGUCUGUGGCAAAUAUGAGCGCUCGUAGUCACAGCUCUCAGAAGGAGUCAGACAAGAUAGUACCAACAUACAAGGAGUUAGUUCAGAAGGAACCUGGAAAAGUUAUGGUAUCUGAUGAAGAAGAGGAUAUCCCAUCGAGAUGCUACUUGAAGCGUCAGGCUCAGCUCAUCGUGGACACCAAGUGCAGGCGGAAGGGGUUCCGACCACCUUACCCUCGCAAAUGAAAACUAUCUUGUCAAAUACCUAAUGACUUUACUUACAUUCUAGGAUAACUAAGUUAAGUUCACCUUGAGCGUACAAUUACGUACCUAACGAUAUCUUUACAAUAAAUUUUUCGCAUAUAAUGACGGUUUCUGUCAGCUUAAAAAGUGUUUUAUAAUACAAUUUGAAACUAUAUUAUGAUAUACAUCAUUGGAGUAUAAUAAUACUCGGCUGAUGUAUGUUCAUUAUUUUUAGAGCUAAAAGAAUAUUUGCGCAUUGUGUGUUCUAAAGUUUUCGAUACAUUCCGAGGAAACGAAGAUUCAGCCCGAUCUUUGUAAAAAUAUGCGUCAUCUCUAGUAAAUAUUCGGGUAUUGAGGCGUGGUAAAUUGUGUUUAUAAACCAUGCGAAAGCUUUUUUAUGCAGUUAUAUUUGCGUUACCCUAAAAGUUUUAAAUUUUUCGUCAAUUCACUUAUUUUUGCUUUUAAUAAAUACGUACCUACUUCCUAAUUUAUAUACCUAAUUUAUGUACCUAAUAUUUAUAUACCAUAUA